UUUAAGGAUGAUUUAUUUUCAUUCCGUUUCUCCCUCCCCCUAAGGAUCUGCCCAUUUCACUAGCACAUCACUCUUCUUCCUCUUUCUCUCUAACUCUCGAGCAAACAUGAAGACAUCAUCAGUGACCAUGUCCAGGAGCUCUUCUCAUCAGGACUUCACCUCCAACUCCAAGCGACACUUCCACUGGACAAAGAAGGUCGGGUCUGAGGAAGACGAUGAAGCCGAAGCUGGAAAGCCAAACGCCGCGGCAUCAACUGAUCAUCAUCAAUGUCAUGAUCGGGGCUUUAAUAAUGCAGCAGACAAGAAGAAGAUGGAUCACACCAAGGAAGCCAAUGCUGUCCCUUCUUCGUCGUCCCCGAUACCAAAGCGGAAGCUCCAGGCCAUUGCCGUCUCGAGGCUCCGCUCGGUCCUGACUGCCUUCCGGAACCGCUCGGGCUCCACGCUGGGUCUUGGGCCCCGUGUUGUCGGCACCCUCUUCGGGCACCGGAAGGGCCACGUCCACUUCGCCUUGCAGAAGGACCCUGCCUCGCAGCCGGCCCUCCUGAUCGAGCUUGCCACUCCUAUAAGCGGGCUGGUUCGGGAGAUGACCUCAGGGCUGGUUCGGAUCGCCCUUGAGUGCAACAAGCCUGAGCCUCAGAAGAGGUCUCCAUCGUCUUCGUCUUCAUCAUCGUCCCACCACAUCCCAAGGCUGCUUGAGGAGCCGGUGUGGAGGACCUAUUGUAACGGGAGGAGGUGUGGGUUCGCAGCCCGGAGGGAAUGCGGGCCCAAGGAGUGGAAGGUCCUGAAGGCCGUCGAGAUGAUCUCAAUGGGCGCAGGGGUCCUGCCUGCCACAGGGGACGAUAACGGUCUUGACCCCGAGUCGUCGGGCAGCAUCAAUCUCGAUGGUGAGGUCAUGUACAUGAGGGCCAAGUUCGAGCGGAUCGUCGGGUCCCGGGAUUGCGAGGCGUUCUAUAUGAUGAACCCAGACAGCAAUGGAGCACCUGAGCUGAGCAUCUACCUCCUCAGAGUCUGAUUGUGAUCAUCUUCAUCAGUGAUGUGCUAAUGAUACUUGCUUUAGCUCUUCAAUCAUGAGUUGAUCAGAGACUUUGUUUAAUUCCAUUUUGGUCCUUCUUCUUUUCACUUUUUAUUUUUAAAAUUUCUCUUUUUUUUUUCAGUGGAGAAAAUGGUAAGUGGGGCUUACUUUAAUUUAAUUUUUGUUUUUCCUGAAUUUUGUGGAGGGGGAAAUUAUUAAUUACACUAUAACUACAAGAGGGGGUAGAGGUGGUGGGGUGUAUAUGUAUAGUUUUGUAUUCUCUUUGCAAUUAAUGAGAAAAGGUGGGGGUUUAUGCAAAAGCAAUCAUUGUUCCACCAUUA